GUGAGCGGUGAGGCUAGUGGUUCCGGUAGUGGGAGGGAGGAUACACUGUUCCGGGAACUCGUCUGCGCUCCUUUUCCCCCCUGUUCUCUCUCUCUGUGUGUGUGUAACACAGGUAGCUCCGCUCUCUCUCUUUCUCUCUCCGCCGCGGUGUGUGACCCGGAGAUCAGGGACAGCUCUGGACUCGGCUCGGGGGUCUCAGCAGAUAAUAAUAACAAUAAGAUGUAAUGACGACCUACUGUACAGACAGAGCAGUGUCUCUGUGGCCAACCUUGUGUACACCUAAAGAAGGUCCAGCAGCCAUGAGGAUUGAAAUAUCCAUCGUACAGCAGCCUUUGUCUGUGUGUGUUCCACGAAACUAUCCUGUGACACUCAGUGUUCAAGCAAUUGGCACAGGCUCUUUGAGGUACCAGUGGUUUGAUGGUCGACAAGAAGAGGUGGAACAUGGCACAGAGCGUAAGCUUGACAUUUGUCUACAAAAAUCAGAGAAGUACAUUUGCAGAGUGAGCGACCAGUACUGCAACUUUGUCUUCACUGAAUGGGUCAAAGUAAAGGUGUUAAACUCACCAGUAGGUGUCCCACCUGCAUGGAGAGGGCAGCCCUAUAUUAUAGUCCAACCUACAGUAUGCCAACCUGUACAGCAUGGAAGCACGUUCACCCUAAAAUGCUCCGCUAUUGGCAUACCUUCUCCUUAUUACCAGUGGUACCACAAUGGGCACCCCUUACCCAAGGAAAACAAAGAAACAUUUGAAAUUAAACAAGUAAAAGCUGAGAGUGCUGGCUCAUAUCUCUGCUCUGUUUCAAACGUUUUGGGGGAGAGAUGGUCAGAUGCAGCUGAAGUUGAAAUUGCUCCCGAUAAGAUUCCAGCACCCACACUUACAGCCACUGACAAAGUGGCAUUGUUGAUUGGAAACCUGAACUACAGCCACCACCCCAGACUAAUGGCCCCCACUAUGGAUGUUCAUGAGCUUGCUAGUCUGCUGCAGCAACUCGGCUUUCGUGUGGUGUCCCUGCUGGAUCUCACCUUGCAGGAAAUGAACUCAGCCAUUGACAGUUUCCUGCAGCUCCUGGAUCGUGGGGUCUAUGCCGUGUUUUACUAUGCUGGGCAUGGUUAUGAACACCUGGGCCGUAACUACCUCGUGGCCAUUGAUGCUCCGAGACCCUACCGCACAGAGCACUGUGUGUGUGUGCAGAGAGUGAUGUGGAGCAUGCAGGAGAGACGAGCACAGCUCAACAUCAUUCUGCUGGACACCUGCAGAAAAUGGUACAAACAAACUGGUGCAGCCUCUGAUAUUAACCCGCUGGCCCCUCUAGGGAACACAGUGUAUGGAUAUGCCACGACUGAAGAUGCUGAGGCUUUUGAGGUCCAGGAUGGAGGAAAAAGCACUGGAAUCUUUACCAAGUACCUGAACAAACACAUCCUUCAGCCGAAGAAGGUCACCCAUAUCUUGGAGCAGGUCUCUGAAGAUCUGGGUAAAGACCCGUUGGUGUGUGGAAGGCAGGUGGUGGAGAUUAAAUACACACUGAAGGAACCCCGGUCACUUACUGACCCGGUGGGGACAGCAGGACACACCAUAGAGCUCAACUUGCGAGAUGCCUGCUGGAAACAGGCUAAUGUAAUGCCCGGUCAGAAGCUUCUGGACUUUCCGUGUGGAGCUAAAGUGGAGCUCAGUUUUUCAGCCCUGUUCUCCAAUGUCCUGCUUGCGUUCGGUACAGUGAAGAACACUGGCCCGAUCGCUCAGGACUGCACUGUGGAACUCCGCAGUGACCCGACAAUGGAGGACAUUUUCUCAGGAACUGACAGCUCAGAUGAAAUGCAAUCUCUACUGCUGAGCAAAGCAGACUAUCCUGACUGCUGUCUGAGACUGUGCUGCCUCCAAAGACUCAAGAGAUCACUGGUGAUCAAGAUAAAGUUAAGCUACACGCACCGGGACAGGAAUGUGCGGCUGACCGAGUACAGAGAGGUGGACAUCGACCGGCCACUGAUAGCAUCCUGCAGAUUCAGUCAGAGGAAGCCACUGGACAGGAGACGGGAAUCAGCACAGCCUAAGAGAGGUCACGACUCCGACAUCAGACGGCCUUCACAUCGCCUUGCUCACCCUGCGCGACCUUCAACCCGCAAGGCAGAAAACAUCUGCCAGAUCUCAUCAAACACAACAUCCGCUAGCACCAAUGAGCCGGAGGAGAACGAUGAAAAUGACCCACAAGAAUUUACAUAGAAAUAUUCACUUUUUUCUUGUGAAUGAAUAUAGCUCAUUGUUAUGGAUUUGUGGAGAAUGCACUGGAACACUUAACUCUGGUUAAAGUACAGAUACUCUGCUGAAAACAAGGCUGAAGACUCAAGUCAAGGAAGAUAUGACAGAUGAUUUUGCAGUUCAACCAUGGAUCACUAAGCUCUGCUUUAUGCAUGCAUUCCUGGAAAGUUUUUCUGAACUGCAUCCCUACAUGAGUUAGUUUAUGAUAGUUACAUUACAGGUUUGUUUUUUCCAAAAAAAAAAAUAUUUUGUUAAAACCAUGUUACAACACAUACACAAAAAUGUAUAGGCUAUUCUGUUUAAAGCAAUAUUUCAGUGUUUUAUAGCUUCAAAUGUACUGCAUUUUUAUCCUAAUAAUAGUUAUGUGAUACACAUUAUUAUUUAAUAUUUUAUAAAGUGUAUAACAGAGGCUGCUGGGUAGUUGCUGUAUUACGUAAAAGUUUGAAGUUUGUGACCAACACAAAUUUGAAACUACACUACACUAGAAUUCACUACAUUACCAACAUGAUAACAUAUUCCCAAAACCUUUCAUAUGAGGUCACACGCAUCUUUUAAACAUGUUCCAGUUUUCUAAUAUCUAUGAUGAUCGUGCAGAAAAAUCCGUGUAUCAUUCGUUCAUUUGAUA